GAGAGAGAGUGAGGAGUUAAACCUGAUUGCUACUGUGUAGUGAGUUAAAAUGCAGUGCGAAGCACCAUAACUAAUUUCCGUAACAUACUCAAAAAAAGGCACUUAUAUACGGUUCCCGCUAGGGAAACACGGAUCGAACAACUCGCCUCUCUCUCUCUCUCUCUCUCUAAAAUUCUCUAAAACUGUUUGUGUGUGUGUGUGUGGGUGUGGGUGAUUUGAGGAGGGUGAUUUGGUUGGUUGGAAGAAAAUGGAGGCAGCGAUGGGAUUGAUGAGAAGAAUUCCUCCGAAGCACACGGAGACUGCUCUCUCUGCUCUCCUCACCCUCUUGCCUGACCACUCCUCUCAUCUCCUUUCCCAAGUCGAUCAGCCUCUUCAGGUAUUGUGUGAUGUGGAUUGUGGAAAGGAGUUCAUCUUAUGUGAAUACAACAGAGAUGCUGACUCCUAUAGGUCACCUUGGUCAAAUAAAUACCAUCCAUCAUUGGGAGAUGGACUUUACCCUUCUCUGGAGUUGAGGAAACUUGAGAUUGAAGCAAAUGAAGUCUUUGCAAUUUAUCGUGACCAGUAUUAUGAAGGCGGCAUUUCAUCAGUGUAUUUGUGGGAAGAUGCGAAUGAAGUUUUUGUAGCUUGCUUCUUGAUAAAGAAAGAUGGCUCAAAGUCAGGGCAUGGCAGGAGAGGUUAUCUGCAUGAUGGAAUAUGGGAUGCUAUACAUGUCAUUGAGGUGGCUCCAGAGGACGAAGAAAUGACUCGUUACUGUUUAACAAGUACUGUCAUGUUGUCAUUGACUACAAAUAAUGACUCGUCUGGCACGUUCAAUCUGUCAGGGUCAAUUAGAAGACAG